AUGUCCGAACAGAAAGCAUUUGUAUCACGUAUUACCAACGAGACCAAAAUCCAAAUACUGGUCUCAAUGAAGGGUGGGCCUCUGGCCCUCGAGAAAUCGAUUCUUCCCGGUAAGACCAUCGAGGGAGACGUGGCCACCCAGGCGACGGGCAGUCAAGUGAUCGAUGUGCACACGGGGAUUGGGUUUCUCGACCAUAUGAUCCAUGCGCUAGCGAAGCAUUCGGGCUGGUCACUGAUUGUUGAAUGUAUCGGUGACUUGCAUAUCGAUGACCACCACACAACAGAGGACUGUGGUAUUGCUCUCGGAACGGCGUUCAAGGAUGCCUUGGGGGCUGUCCGUGGGAUGAAACGGUUUGGAUGCGGGUUUGCGCCCCUCGACGAGGCGCUCUCCCGGGCCGUCGUGGAUCUCUCGAACAGACCAUUCGCCGUGAUAGAUUUGGGUCUGAAACGCGAGAAGAUAGGCGACCUUUCGUGCGAAAUGAUCCCACACUUCUUGGAGAGUUUUGCCGAGGCGGCACGCAUCACGCUCCACGUCGACUGCAUCAGAGGGGUGAACGACCACCACCGCAGCGAGAGCGCGUUCAAAGCGCUCGCCGUGGCCAUUAGAGACGCCACCACAUCCACAGGUUCCAACGAUGUCCCCUCGACCAAAGGAGUGUUGAUGUGA